AUGUCCAAUCGAGGCAAUAUAGCAGGCAGGGACGAUGCAAAUUCGGAUGAAGAAAAAUUAAAAGCCCUUCAAUGGAGACUUCGAAGCGACAUAUCUGAUCUUAUACGUCAAAAAGAACACAAGGAUAAGCUUCAAGAAAGGAAAGCAUCGUACAACCAAGUAAUAUGCGCACUUCGCGAACGACGGUUGGGUCUACGGGCGGACCCGAUAGGGCGAUUGCCUAACGAGAUCAUAACCAGUAUAAUGGUCGACGUCUCGGCAUAUGCACCUUUUUGCCUCCUGGAGCUUACGAUGGUAUCCAGAAAGUGGCGUACCUUCAUACUGUCUGAGCCGAUUCUAUGGAACCGUAUAACCCUCGACAAUCAUUAUGACAAGGCUGCUAUACUAUCACUUCAGCUUCAUAUCUCCCGGGAUCUACCUCUUUUUAUCCAUGUUCCAUUGCCGAAUCAGUGCUGGGAUUCUAUACGACCCGCACUCCUCGACCACAAGUACAGAAUAGACACAGUUCACCCCUAUUCAUCUGGCUCUUAUCAGCCUCAUAAUGCCUGUAGCUAUAAUGACGACUUGCGAAGUUUUUUGGACGAUCUAGGCACACUUCCAAGUCUACGGUGUCUCCAUUUUCUAGUUGUCAGUAACCAGUACUCAUACGAAGUGCCAAAACUCUUGGAUCAAUAUCCAUCUCUGGAUUCCCUUAUGUUCGUCCCACUGACCUGUCACGACCUUCAAGUCGCGAAGGAUAGACUGAAGGUAGAGACACUCAGUACUUACGAAGAUGUGUGGACUAUAUUACCCAUAUUAGAAACGUUGAGUUCUCUGAAAAGCGUUGACUUCUAUUCGAGCGAUUCGUCAUUUGAGCCAAGUACACAGGAAGUCACGCUUGUCCACGAGCUUAAUUGGACGGAGAUCUAUUUCAAUGCGUAUUUGAAUCCUUUUCCGGCCUCGAUACUAGGGCGUCUCUCAUCUUUAACGAGAUUAAAUGUUGAUAUUGGCCCGAAAACCUUCAAUUCCAUCGUGAAUAUUCUUCACCGAUUCGAAAACUUGUAUCAUGUCGGGAUUACAUUCCACAUCGAGAAAAAUGAGGUUAUCCCGUUAGUGCCCACUCUGUCUCGAAAUGUCACUGUGCGCUUUCUGCGGAUCUAUAUCUACGAGGUGGGUCCCCACCUAUUCAAUCAGCCGGUUGUGGAGCCGCAACCCAACAAAAAUAGAUCAAUAGAGGCGCUCAUCAAAGUAUUACUUCAAGUCAUGCCAAACCUUGACGAGCUUCUGAUUGACCUUGAGAUUAGGUCCUGGUCUAUUCCGCUAUUCGAGCUCAAAGGUCUUUUCUCCGGGACAGAACUGUCUCUCGAAUUCUUUUCUGGAAUAGUAGAGUGUCCAAAUGUGAUUCCACUCCCUUCAUCCGUACAUCAACUGUGCUUGGCAUGCGAUGACGUUGUCGCCCGCUCCUUCUCGUCCAAAACUUUGAAAUCACUAUUCCUUCGUGAAUGUCACUACGUAACGAAAUCCCUUCCUUUGCUUAUUAAUCUAGAUCACUGGCCGGCACUUCAAUCCAUCUCAUUCUAUGGCGAUGCAGUAGAAUGGAGCAAAUUCUCCUUGAAUUUCCUCAGAUCCGUGAUAAUUUCUUGGGACACGGGAAGACAGGCACGAAGCGAUAUUUUUACUUCGCUUAUUAAGUGCCUCGCUUGUCGACCAAGCUCAUAUCCAUGCUUGGAGGAGAUCAAACUUGACGAGUGUCCUGAGCUGGAUAUUCUCAUGAUCAUGAUUGAACGAAGAAACUUACAACAAGGUCCAAAUGUCAAGAAGCUAAAGAGAAUUUCUUUUGGGACUGCAUGCUCUCUCAGCAUCCGGAGAAUCAUCACUACGCUGCUUGAGGGGAAAUGGGCAGAGCGACCAAGCAAUAGAGAUUUAUCUCUGGCAGGGAAUGCAGAGAUCCUUCUCGAUUUGACGUUGCCAGGAUGCUAUAUGUGUCAUCGCGGAUUGCGAUUUUGCGAGGCUCCUGUGGACACUAUCUUGAACGAAGACAGUUCCCAAUCCCAAGACUUUAUAGAAGCCCUGCAGAUCUACCCUGAUGACGAAGAGGAGAUUCUGUCUUCAUGGGAUGAUAGAGCUCGCCUAUGGGAGACAAAGGGUAGAAGAAGAUCUAGCAUAGAUGUAUAUCGGGAUUUGGCACUAGUCACACUAGUCGCCGUCAUCCAGGCAGUCGUUCACAUGGAUGCAAACUCUGACGCACCUCUGCAGAAGGCACUGGACAUGGCCCACCCUUCUGAUUGUUCACGUAGAGGAAAAUCUCUUGGUAAAUUUCCCAACAGGAUGCUUUUGAUCGAAAUAUUUCGAGAUAUCUCAACUGGGUACUAG